AUGGAUGUGAAUGGCGAGCCGAAGCCCGCCGCCCGACGCUCCGGGUUAAGUAAACAAGCAGGUCAGGUCACGUGUCAUACGAAUGCGACACGACUUCCAGAAGCACAUGGUUACGGUAGUUCGGCGAAGGAAGAGUUGUCACGUUGUUGCAGUAGACGGAACGGUGACAAUUGGAGGCAAAGUGAUAACAAGCUUAACCAGACUGAAUGUAACCGGACUGAUGCCAAAUGUUGCCAAAAUGAAGUCAAAUGUACAGUAUGCACCCGAACAUACAGAAUCCUUCAAAACCUUGAAGCUACAGAAACUACAAACUCUUGUGAUAACUACUUUACUACUCGCUUCUACAGUAACCCUUCUCUUCAGCUAAAAGUGCAAUUACCUUGUUUUACCAUGAUCUCUCGGCUUCGUAUGAUGCUCCUCGUGUGUAUAAUAUUAUUCUUGCUGUUUCGAACGGGUUCUGCAGCUACGUUGAAGUCGACUUGCAAAAAGAUUGGUAGGUUUAUCAUCUUAUUAUAGCCAUGUUUUGUAACUUCCAAGACUUUCAAAACAGCCUUGUUAUUGUCUACUAUAAUAUAUUUUUGACAUAGUUAUUGUAAAGUUUAUUUUGGUAAAGAUUUCAACUUUCCAACCAUAAAAACUCCUAAAUAUAGCUCUAGAAGUACGUACACAGACCCUUAAAUGACAUCAAUCACAACACUUUACACCACAGAACGUUGAGAAUGGCCGAAAAUAGUCCGAGAUUAAUUGUCAGUGAUAACGUCUUUGAUAAGAUGAAAUAUUACCUAAUUGCCUUUAGUGAUAAGGAAUAGCCUUUACUGAUAGGAAAUGGUCUUUGCUGAUAAGCUUCAUGAAAUAUUGUUUUAGGCUACAGAAGUUUCAUCGACGAAGCGGGUUGUGAUCUGAUGGCCGUCUACGUGAAUCGCUGUAGCGGAUUCUGUGUGUCCAUGUCGUUUGCCAACCCACUGAAACAGAACCAGCUGAGUGUGUGGGGAAGGUGCUGCAGGAUGGUCGAGAUUGAAAUGGUAGGUUUAAAAUUUGCAUAUUUUUUUAAAAAAAUUCAAUUUUUAAAAAAAUUUUUAAAUUUCAAUUUUUGGUGAUUUAUUUGACUUACAAGGAAUGUCUUCAAUGUGGAACGCUUUGAUUUUGUUUUGAACUUUGUUUUAAACUGUUAUUUCUUAAUUUUAAAUUGAACUUUCUUUUCGCACUUUGCGCCCUCGUAUAAAAUGUCUCUUUGCUGAUUUCUUUGCGUAUUUGUAGAAUAUUACUCAAAAUGCAUUUUCUGGUCGAACUUUCAUCUCUUUACAAUUUGUUUACUCUUACAAUAUUGUGCUCGCUCAACUUUUUGUAACGGGGAACUGAUGCGCGACCUUUUUCGUCGACAGAAUCAUCAACAAUAUCGCUGAUGUUACAAUGCAAAGAACAUUAGGUCAGGCUCUACCGUAACCCCUGGGUUUUCACGUUUUUUGGGGGAAAAGUUACAGUAAAAGUGGAGGUUUAUAUAGUAAAGUAGUUUAAUAUUAGCAGAAACAGUUUAGUUUAUCAAUAUUACAUUAGCAGAAAGAGCUAUUUAUAUUAAAGUUAAACGUAGGACCUAACACAAUAUAAAUAGCUGUUCUGGUCGUAUUUCGAGCUGAUAGGAUGUUGAAACUGAUUUUUUGGGUAAUAAAUAAUCAGUUAAUAACAUUAUUUACACUAAUUUAAAUGGCACAAUUAUGUGGUUAGUGUAACGCGUAGAAAUAUAUUACACUAUACAUCUGAUGAUAUGUUUUGGUAAAACUCAACAGAUAAGGUUUAGGUAACAACUUUAAAGUAUGUAGCUGACAUAAAACAAUACCAGAGUUAAUUACGAUCCUAACAUAAGCAAUAAGUCUAAAUAAUAAUGGCAAUAACUUAGAAAAACAGCAAAGAAUAUUAACAUAGGUAUCGAAACUCAAUUUAAAAAAUUUUAAAAUUAUUUUUUAUAGAACUUUCGCUUAAAGAGUGUACUGUAACUUAAAUAUACAUCUUUAUCACUUUCAGAUAGACGUUACUGUUAACUGUGGUACCUACAACAAAACCGUCCAAGUGCCCAGCGCCAAAGAAUGCGCUUGUUCCGAGUGUGCAUAA